AUGGCACCUGACAUUAAGCCGCCCCCUUUGCACAUCAUGCUGAACGCAUUAGGGGAAUAUGCCUUGGUUACCUCUGAUUACCCUGCGCGGUUCAGAUGUCUGAAUCAUAGUGGGGAUGAAUUGCUCGGACUCAGAAAAAUUUGGGAUUCAAUCACCUAUGUUGUGAAGAAGAAGCUCGGAAACCAUGAAUUAUGGGUACUUCCGUCAGCUCCAGUUGACGAUAAGGAAACAAUGAGACAGUGUGCUGAACGAUCAUUGUCGUUACAUUCACUCGGCCAUUACAAAGGAACUAUUCUAUCAAAUGCUCCUUCUGGAUAUUUCAAAUAUAAAUUUCCUAAGGAAGUUCGAUUGAAGAAUUGUGGUAUUGGGGCAAAAGUCUUCAUAUAUUCAGCAUUACUAAAGGACAUAAAUAUCUUCAAUUCUAAGCAAUUGGAGCAUGUUAUGGUAGGUUCACAAGAAGACAGAUUGUGA